GUUCGCAAACCUAUGCGCUAGGGGUUAGUUUGACCUUCCAGUCACCUAAUUCACGACUAACUAUCCGGUGUAGAAUAUCUCACUCUUCUUCUGUCUUUACAGCAAUAGGUGGGAUAACCCGGCGCAAUGCAACUCCAACCACUCUCGCCUGAUGGGAUUCUUCACCGCUCUCCCCGGAAUCUGGCGUUUCCUCCAGUGCGUCAGGCGUUACAAGAACUCGAAGAUGUGGUUCCCGCAUCUGGUCAACGGCGGAAAGUACCUCUUCACCGUCUGCUACUACAUGACCCUCAGCAUCUGGCGUAUCGAUAAAUCCAACCAAAGCUUCAAGGCGGCGUUUAUUGCGAUUGCCAGUGUGAAUUCCAUCUACACCACCGUAUGGGAUGUCGGUAUGGAUUGGUCACUUCUGGACCCAUAUGCGAAGCAGCCCUUCCUCCGCAAGAACCUCGGAUUCAAAAAAGCAUGGCCUUACUACUUAGCCAUGUUUGUGGAUCCGAUCCUGCGGUGCACGUGGUUUUUCUACAUCGUGUACGCGCACCAGCUGCAGCACUCAGCACUGAUGUCCUUCAUGCUGGCCGCCGCCGAAGUCCUGCGACGAUUCAUGUGGUGUUUCUUCCGCAUGGAGAACGAGCAUGUCGGCAACGUCGGCGCAAACCGCGCCUACCGCACCCUCCCGCUCCCCUACCGCUUCCCCAGCGAGACCCCAUCAUCCACGACCGAAGAGGAAACCGAACCCAUCGACAUCACCAAUGCACCCUCGGAACUCGAUCUCGAGCGCACCGAUACCCUCCGCCGCCGCUCCUCGCGCAACAACGCGCCGCCGCCCAGUCCCAUGGUCCGCACUAUCACACGGGUCGGAAGAACGGUCAAUCAGGCACAUUUGCAGGAUUACGAGAGGAGACGCACGGAUGAUCAUGAGGAGGGCGAGGUCAGUGGCGAGAGUGACGAUGAGGAGGACGGAGAGGACUACUAUGAACGCACGAGAGAGGCGGAGGGGACGACGAGACGCGGGAGGGCCGGGACUGUGGGAAGUCGCAUGUAGAAUAUUGGUUGUUUUGUCUGUUGCUUUACUGUUCUAAAAGAGGGGGGAGGGGGGGGGGUAUUUUCUUUGAUCUCUACUUUGUAGUCAUUUGCUUGGAUUUAGUUUUCUUUGGAACUUUUAGUUUGUUGCGUGGAAUUUGGGGGGCACAUAGAUGAAAUGAUGGGGGUACACAUACUGAUAAUGAUAAGACGUACGGUAAUUGCCGUGAUGAUAGAAA